CAUUCCGCCGCCACUCCCUUCCCCCUUUCCCACUCCCCCCCACAGAGUUCCGCCACCAAUCCCUUCCCCUCCUCCCUCUCCCACCCACAGCGACCGCCGCUGCACACGCGAACAGUCGCGUCGGGGUGGGUGACGGGCAGCGACGGGGGGAGGAAGGGCCGCGACCCCUCUCCAACCCUUCCCUGGCCUCCCGGGCCCGCUCCGCGCCAUGUGCCAAGCUUCCUCCACCCGCUCUGCUCUCUCGCCGGCUCCAGCCCGCGUCCCCGUGAGCUUCCCUUCUGCCCCUCCCCUCAUCCGCGCGUCCUCGCAUUCGUGCCGGCGAGACUCGUGCACCCCCCCAUCCUGCCGCGCUUGUCUCCCGCUGCCGCCACCUCUCUGGCGACGGCGACCAAGAUGCGCCCCUCUCCUGCCGCCGCCGAUCCACGGGCACGUGCCCGUCCCCGCCAUCUUCCCUUCCCCGCUGCCGCCUGCCGAGCGGCGAGCGAAAUUCCCCGCCCGUCCUCCUCUCCCACUGCUCCCGCGGGCCGGCUGUCCACGCCACCCCGCUUCGCUCCUCUUGCCGCUGGCCGCGCCUUUCCGCCGAACUGGGCCCUUCCUCGUGUCCCUCUCCCCGCCGCCAGUAGUGACUGGAUGCGCGUGGCUCGUCCUCUUCGCCUUCCCUGCGCAUCACCUGCCUGCCUGGCGAUAUUGCGCCGUCUCCGACCCCGCCUUCCUGCGCCCGCCGCCCGUCGAGUGCGUGAGGGUUGA